CUAUCCUCGGUCAUCCAAACCACUACUACAACAUGACGUCCCUUGCAUCUUCCCAACCACAAAACACCGGCUUCCAGUCCGGCUCUUCACCAGACGUUUCGCUUGCCCGGUUUCGGUCGGCUGACGGCGCUCAUCCGACAUUGAAGAGAAGCCUCGGCUCAUUCGACGAGCAGUCGCCCGUCUCAGCAGCAUCACCAGACGCACCUCCUGGCAAGGUGGCAAUCCCGGCUCUACCGCCUCCAAAGCGACCUCGCAACGACUCGGCUGUCAACAAUGGCCCGCUCAGCAAGGAAGUCAAGCUCAUGGCUCGACCGAAGCCUGGCCGUAAGCCCAUGAACGACCCAGACGACUCACAAGAUAAGCGCAAGACACAGAAUCGUGUCGCCCAACGAAACUUCAGGGAUCGUCGCGCUCAGAAAUGUGCCGAGCUCGAGGUUGCAAACAAAGAGUUGGACGACAGAUAUAACAGAGACAUGCAUGUAAAGAAUGAGCAGCUCAUGGCUCAAGGUGCCCGAAUUGCACAACUGGAGGCCGAGAAGGCUCAGUCCGAAACCGAGAAGACUGCCCUUGCGCUCGAGAACGAUAAGCUGAAGGUGCAACUGCAGCAGAGGGAGCUUGAUAUCGCCAAGCUUCAGUCAGCCUCUUCUACUGCUCAAUCACAGCGUUCCAUGCUCGCGCCAAGCUCGGUGUCUUCUGUUCAUCAAAUCUUGACUCCACCCUCCGACAGCUACCAUGAUGAACUGGAGAUGGAUUUCACCAACCUGUACUCGAGAAGCAAGCCAUCUGUCUUCACAGUAGAUCCAGAAGAGCACUGCGGCUUCUGUAGCGAUGUGGAGAACUGCAUUUGCCGCCAGCAAGAAGAACUCAACAAGAGCCUCCCUCCUAUUGACUCAUCGCGUGCUACUUCACAACCCAAAUUGCCCAUCGACGUCUCUACCCCAAGCUUUCUCGAGGCUCCGACAAACGCCUCCGGUCCAGGCACUUGCGAUAUGUGUCUAGCUGAUCCCGAGAAAGCAAGGCAGUGCAGAGAACUCGCCGAAGCUACUGGCCUUGAUGAAAAGAACAAGCCCAUCGGCACUGUAACUCUUCGACGACUCAAGGAUCUUGAUACGGCAAAGCACAGUGCGCGAACCUCAUGCUCUGACUUCUUCCAACUUGCACAGCAGAAGAAUGUCAAGCUUGGUCCCGCCGACUACAAGCCCAUCAAGCAUGUCUACCGCUAUCAACACCCCGAUGGCCGACCUGAGCAUUCUCCUUACAUGGAGAUGGACGCUCAGGACGCUGCCCAUGCAUUGGCUGCCCUCUCAAGGCAGGAUACGAGGUCUGGCAUGGACCGUCAUGCUUGAUUACGCUAAUAUUGUUCAUGAUCAACGUUUACACGAUAGAUUGUUGGCGGCGUUUCUGGGAUGUUUGUGUUCUUUCGCUAUCCACAGGAGUUUAUCGGGUCCGGCUGUCUCAAUACUGCUUUCGUCAGGCUUCCGCCUUUGAUCACAUCGUUUUUCCUCUCGAUGUCAGAUUAUGCUUUCUUGUCUAUUGCUUUUUCCAACUAGUGUCUAUAUCACGUCUAAUCAAAAGCUCUCAAAUCUAGAUGAAGGCUGUGCAACGCAUGGCACUUGCUCGACACAGGGACUGAUACUCAAAGUCAACCAUCAAGGUACACGUUCUUGUCUCUCGACGUCGCAACCGAGACUCAAAUGGCCGUCUACCAUUUCAUCCAACCUUGGACGUCUCAUCUCGACGUACCAAGUUGUUGGGAACAGCGAGAUCUUCGGCGCCAAGUACACAUUCGAUCACACUCCAUGAUUUUCUCAUCGAG